GCUCCCCAGGGCGUUUCGCCUUACUUGGAGCGGAGGGCUUUGGGCUUCCCCCAGGGUUCCCCCCCCUCCCCGUCGGGCGGCUGGUCCUGAAGCGCUUGCGCACUGGGGAGAGGGCGCUUGCUAAGGAGGCGACGGCUGGGCAGGGCGGGUGCCCCGAAGUGUGUAGAGGCAGCUCCUCGGUCGGUCUGACUGAGCCAGCGCCGGGGUCCCUUGGGCCGCUGUGGACGGUUAAAUCAUGUCGAAGUCCUUGAAGAAAAUUGUUGAGGAGAGUAGGGAGAAGAACAUCUUGGAGGUGGACAUGUGUGAUCGAGGCAUCUCUAACAUGCUGGAUAUACCUGGCUUGUUCACUCUGUCUCACAUUACACAGCUGGUCCUCAGUCACAAUAAGCUCACAACGGUGCCUCCAAACAUUGCUGACCUAAGAAAUUUAGAGGUACUGAAUUUUUUCAACAAUCAGAUCGAGGAAUUGCCAACUCAGAUAAGCAGCCUUCAGAAGCUGAAACACUUGAACCUUGGGAUGAACAGACUCAACACUUUGCCACGAGGAUUUGGCUCCUUACCAGCUUUGGAAGUUCUAGACUUGACUUAUAAUAACUUAAAUGAAAAAUCCCUGCCUGGAAACUUCUUCUAUCUAACCACCCUGCGUGCACUCUAUCUAAGUGACAACGAUUUUGAAAUCCUGCCACCCGAUAUUGGGAAGCUCACAAAGUUGCAGAUACUUAGCCUUAGGGACAAUGACCUGAUAUCCCUCCCCAAGGAGAUUGGUGAACUCAGUCAACUUAAAGAACUUCAUAUCCAGGGGAACCGUCUUACUGUGCUGCCUCCUGAGCUAGGUAACUUGGAUUUGACUGGUCAGAAGCAAGUGUUCAAAGCAGAGAAUAACCCCUGGGUCACUCCCAUUGCGGAUCAGUUCCAACUGGGCAUUUCUCAUGUGUUUGAAUAUAUCCGUUCAGAAACAUACAAAUAUCUUUACGGCAGACACAUGCAAGCAAACCCUGAACCUCCAAAGAAGAACAACGACAAGUCCAAGAAGAUCAGUCGCAAGCCUCUAGCCGCCAAGAAUAAAUAAACCUGUGCCAUUCUCCUCAAAUGCUUUCUUUUGCAUGAGUCUGGGGUUUUUUAAACAUAUUUACUGAAACAAUGUGUGGUUUUAUAAACAAAAAACAAGAAUACCUUUUUAUAUACACAAUUAUUCACAAAUUAUGCAAUGCUUUGGUUUAUUAAUGCACUAUUAUAAGUAUUACUGGUUAUAUUUUAAAUUGUGCAACCCUUUGGUAUACCAUAAAUCACUUUGCCUAACCCUUGAAACAUUGUAUGGAAGAUUUCUGUCACCUUAACUACUUCACUUCAACAGCUACACUCUAGUGCUGCACCAGACCAUGUAUCAUUCAUAUUUUAUGUAAUAAUCUAAACUUGAUAAUAAUAAUAAAAACAUUUUUAUACCUUA